GUCCUCCAGAGGCAGAAGAACCCCAGGACUCCCGUGGGGAUCAGCAACCAGGGCUGACGGUGGUGGAACAUUCUAGAUAACAAAAUCCAUUAUCUUUAUCUGACCAUCCCAUUGUCGUGAUUUUGAAGGGAAUAAUUACCUUUUUAUUGAUGUGAAAGUGAUUUUUAUUAACGCUGACGCAUGACGGAAUGAGGUUCAAGGCACGUGGUAAGAACGCUGACUGUGGAACCUCCAGACUUUCAUCCAGGAGUGUCUGCUCGCUACCCAAAUAGCAACCAAUCAAGCCUUUAAAUUUUCUGUUAUCUAUCUGAGAAGUAUUCCACUUGAGGGGAUUCGAAAUAUAGCCCGCAUUAAUUCUUUGCAAGACGACUUCGAUGCGGCAGGUCCCGUCAUUAGGGGUUCGUGAUUAAAAUAAGUUGGUUAAUUAUAAUCCCCUGGGCAGACAAUUGAUUGCAAAAUUGUCACUUCACAUUAUAAUGAUAUCUAAAGGCGAGUGCGGGAAUCCGCGAUCCCUUUAAUCGCCAACAAAUCAAGAUCCCGAGAGUGAAAUUCAAGAAUUUCUUUCGGUCAUUUUGAAACUCUAUUUCUAAGUUUUGAAAUGAAAAAAAAAUCAUUUCGUUAUGUAGCUUCCGAGGUAUUGAUUCAAUGGGGUCUAGUGAUAUUAUCAUACAACUCGUGUCGGUAAAUUCUCACCGCUAGUCGAUAACUUGUCCUCAUCUGUGAAAAUUCCACCCUUCGCAUUCAAAUUCUGGUAACUAGAUAAACUUAGCGAGUGUGAAUGCUGCAAGGGGUGGAUUACUUAUCUAGAACGGGUGUACACAGGGGGUGGGCAUAGACAGAGGGCGACUCAUUGAUUUCUUACUCCGCCAAUUGUGACGUUAGUCCCGCAACAACAUCAGAAGGGUGGCGCGGAAGGUACCAUCAGUGCGGGUAUCCGCAUAGCGGACUGAUAAUAAAAAAAAGGGAUAAAAACUUACGAAAAGUCAGACGGGUUAGGUGACAUGCGGAGUCGUUCAUUGUCACGACGGGCCACCCUUCUUUAUUUUUUCUGUCUGUUCUCAUAAUUUUUUCACCGAGUUUCUUUGAAGUUAUCGGUUUUUUUUCGGGGGGUGAGUUUUUUGGAAUUUAUAAAUCCGCAGGUUUUGGGGAUCUGGCGAUUCGACCCAUCACAACGUACGGAAUCCCAUAUCAAGGCCAGAAUGUUACAGACACACUUCGAAGAUCUACUACCCUACAUCGGAGGUGCUGGCGCCCUGGUGUUAACAGGUGUCGCAGCCUAUUAUGCAACAAAACCAAGUCCGGAAACACCAUUGAUGCCCCUCGACGCCCAGUCAAGGCUGCUUCCGGGCGCGGAGUACAUCCGAGUAUCGAAAUUCUACAAAAACAGUCGCGAGGGGAAAUUCAUAAGCUUCAUUCACGAAGACGUGAGAACCCUCUACGACGCCUUCCGGAAAGGAGCCAAAGAGUCAAAUAAUGGUCCCUGUCUCGGCUGGCGUGACAGCCUAAGCAAGCCUUACCAAUGGAUGAACUACAACGAAACCCUUCUCAGAGCCAAGAAUUUUGGAUCAGGAUUGAUAUCCUGCGGCCUCUCCCUGGGCCCCCAAACCCUGAUCGGUCUAUACAGUCAAAAUCGUCCGGAAUGGGUGCUGACCGAGCAGGCCUGCUACACCUAUUCCCUGGUGGUGGUACCACUCUACGACACACUUGGACCUGACGCAUGUGCCUACAUCAUAAAUCAGGCUGAAAUAAGUCUGGUCGUUUGUGAAGACGACAAAAAGUGUAAUUUAUUGUUAGACAAAGCCCCCAGGUGCUUGAGAAAAUUGAUUGUGAUGAAGGAGACCCGGCCAGCGACAAAUCAAAGAGCGAAGAAUCGGGGAGUUGAACUCAUGAGGUUCGAGGAUGUUGAGCGUCUUGGAGCCCAGAGAAAUCAGCCGGAGAUACCGCCGAAGGCGACGGAUCUUUGUACAGUAUGUUACACGUCAGGAACAACGGGAAAUCCCAAGGGUGUCAUGCUGACCCAUCAGAAUGUCAUGGCGGGCGUUUGUGCUGUUCUUCUACAGUUGGGCGAUCACAGACCCUCGGCCAACGACGUCAUGAUCAGUUUCCUGCCACUUGCUCACAUGUUGGAGAGAUGCUGUGAAAAUGGAAUGUACAUUGUGGGAGGAUCUGUGGGAUUCUACAGCGGUGACAUCAAGACACUUCCCGAGGACAUGAAAGCACUCAGACCUACGGUGAUGCCAGCUGUACCGAGACUUCUGAAUCGGCUGUAUGAUAAGGUGCAGGCGGAAUUGCAAAGUUCAUUCCUAAAACGAAUGCUCUUCAACAUGGGCAUGCGGUCCAAGGAAUCGGAAAUCAAAAAGUGUAUCAUACGGAACAAUAGUUUAUGGGACAAAUUAGUAUUUAAGAAGAUUCAGGAGUCGAUGGGUGGAAAAGUGAGGCUGAUGGUUGUGGGGUCAGCUCCACUUGCUGGUAAUGUCCUCACAUUCACCAGGUGUGCAUUGGGAUGCCUCGUUGUUGAGGGAUAUGGACAGACUGAGUGCUGUGCACCGAUUUCUUUGACCAUUCAGGGGGAUUAUGUGCCAGAACACGUGGGUCCACCCGUUGCCUGCUGUUGUAUUAAACUUGUGGAUGUACCUGAGAUGGAGUACUACGCGGCCAAUAAUCAAGGCGAGGUAUGCGUCAAGGGUACCAAUGUUUUCGUUGGGUACUACAGGAAUCCCGAGAAGACUGCUGAAGUUGUUGAUGAACAGGGCUGGCACCAUACUGGCGAUAUUGGCAUGUGGUUACCAAACGGCUGUCUAAAAAUAAUCGACCGAAAGAAACAUAUCUUCAAGCUAUCACAAGGUGAAUACAUCGUACCAGAGAAAAUUGAGAAUAUUUAUAUAAGAAGUCAAUACGUUCACCAAGUAUUUGUUCACGGUGAAUCGUUGAAGUCCUGCGUCGUGGCGAUUGUUGUUCCCGAUGUUGAUGUAAUCAAGUGUUGGGCGCUUGAGAAUAGUAUACCGGGAACACUGAGUGUUCUCUGUGCAAAUCCUGAAGUUAAAAGAUUGAUUCACGACGAUAUGGUUUCAUGGGGAAAGGAGGCUGGCCUCAGGUCGUUCGAACAGGUAAAAGACAUUUAUCUUCACCCGGACCCCUUCUCCGUACAAAAUGGUCUGCUGACCCCAACACUAAAGACUAAACGGCCACAACUGAAAGCCUACUUCAAACCCCAAAUCGAGGACCUCUACCAGAACUUGAAUUAAAUGGUAAUGGCGAUUGUAAUUAGAUACUAAAAAUCAGUGUUUACCAGCAGCAACGCCAUCAGCACAUUUUUUGCUAUUUUAAAAUGUUUAUUGAGAACCAACGAUGAGGAUAUCUUUUAAAGGUGACUUUUCGUUUCACGAUUGUUCAUCCGCCACGCAAAAGCCUACGCUCUAUUUUAUUAUUGUAAUUAUAAUUAUAAUGAUUUUCACUUUACACGUAUAUGCGAACUCACCGGUAGACGAAGCAAAGGAGAGAAAAAACAGAAAUUACAUGAAUUUUAAGAUACUUAAGAGUGAAUUUAUUGUGGAAUGAAAAUAUUGAGUUAUAGAAUUCAUUAACGAAAUGGUAAAUCAAGAUAAAUCGAUUCGUCGAUCCCUCUGUCAUUUUCAAAUUCAAAAGCUAAAAUUAACAUCUCUCAAUUUCCCACUUCGUCACUGAAUUCAUUUUUUCAUUCCCCAAAAUCACAUGAAUGAAGAUUUGAGUAUAAAAUAAAAAUGAAUUAUUGUUAGA